GAUCCCAAAGUUUUACACUCUCCCUUAAGCAUUUUAAUUCAAAGUUCCGAAAAAUGGCAAGCCGCCAACAACAGCUGACAGCUCCGAAGCAGAUUCAGCUUUCGAAUCCGAGGGAUAAAAGAACAUCAUCCUCAUCACUAACUGAUGAGAGUUCAUUGGUGAGGCAAAUCCGGGACACUCAUACUCCAGGAAGAUCCGAUAACAGCGUCAAUGUCAACCAAAUUCUCCAAGUUGUCGAGGAAAUAUUUCAUCGCGCUUCUCAUGGCCAUGCCGGUGUUUUACUUGGUACUCAAGAACACUUAGAGACUGUGGAGGACAGGACCACAUUGUCGAGUGUAGAUGUCGUGUUCCAUGGAUUGUCUUAUCUCAUACAAAAGAUCUACUGCGAGAUAACUUGCCAAUGCUCAGGCGGCCCUGAUGCCCACGCGAGUGCAAUCGAGUUACUCAGGACCCUUUCGAGCUACCCAUGGGAAGCGAAAGUGGUGCUGACCCUAGCUGCAUUUUCUGUGAACUAUGGAGAGUUCUGGCUGGUGGCUCAGCUUUGCACUACCGAUCCAUUAGCCAAGUCCGUGGCAAUCUUGAAGCAACUCUCGGACAUUGUAGAGCAUGCUGCCUCAGUAAAACCUCAACUUGAGGCAAUCGACACCCUCAUCAAGGCGAUUCUCAAUGUCACCAAGCGCAUUGUGGAGUACGGCGAGAUGGUCAAGAUGCAGUCUCACUACGUUUCAGAAGACACACCACCGCUGUCAAUUGCCUUGGCGCAUAUUCCCGCUGCUACGUAUUGGGUCAUUCGAGGCAUACUGGCUAGUGCCUCCCACAUUGCCAUCCUUACUGGCAGUAGGCACGAGUACGUUGCAUCAACCUCAGAGGUAUGGGAACUUUCGAGCUUGGCUCAUAAGCUGAACAACAUACAUGAUCACCUCUCGAACGAACUUGAAAAUUGUCGCCGACACAUUGUGACGAAGAGGUAUGACGAAGAAUAUGAGAAUCUGAGACGCCUCUUCCGAAGCCUCCAACUCGACAACAUGAAGAAUUUACGCGCACUAAUUUCACACAAAGAUGAUAUUCAACCUCUCCAAAUCGGCACAUCGAAGUCAAGGUUUAACCUUGAAGUGUUGAGGAGAAAGCAUGUGUUGCUGCUAAUUACAGAUCUUAGUCUGAGCAACGAAGAGAUUUUAGUCCUCGAUCACAUCUACAAAGAUCAGCAGAACAGGCCGGAAGUUGAAUACGAGUUUGUUUGGCUUCCCAUCGUGGACCCAAAUAUUUGGGAUGAAGCGAAGCGCUUUAGAUUCGAGGACUUGAAGUCAAGGAUGCAGUGGUAUGCAGUGUAUGACCCUCUAAUCAUCGAACCUCCGGUGGUCAAGUUCGUCAGAAAUGAUUGGCAAUUUGACAAGAAGAUGAUCGUAGUGGCAUUGGAUCCACAAGGAAGGGUGUCCUCUCUGAAUGCCACCCACAUGCUGUGGAUUUGGGGCAAUGUAGCAUACCCUUUCACCGAUGAGAGAGAGCAAGUCCUGUGGAAUGCAGAGAGCUGGAGGCUUGAGCUCGUCGCCAAUGGCAUUGAUCAAAGCAUCCUAGACGGGAUAGAAAAAGGGAGAUACAUAUGCUUGUAUGGAAGCGAUGACUUAGAUUGGAUUCGAAAGUUCACAAACAGAGCGAAAAAUGUUGCAACACUCGCCGGCAUCUCCUUGGACUUAGUUUACGUAGGAAGAAGCACAUCCACCAAGGAGAAGAUAAGGAAAGUGAACAAGGUCAUCGAAACAGAGAACCUCAGUCGAUACUGGCCUGAUUACGUGUCAACCUGGUUCUUCUGGUCCCGAAUGGACAGCAUGCGGUGCUCAAAGGUGAAACAGCGCAAGACUCUAGAGAACGAUGACACACUGAGGGAGGUGAUGACAUUGCUUAGCUAUGACGGAAGUGACCAAGGUUGGGUUAUGGUGUGGAGAGGCUCGAAUGAGACGGCUAGGGCCAACGGACACCUCACUCUACUCACUUUGGAUGACUUUGAUGCAUGGAAAACCGCAGCUGCAGACUCAGGCUUCGUCCCAACACUCAAAAAUGAACUGCUACGCCGUCACACGCCUCACCACUGCACUCGUUUGGUCAUCCCAGGGUUCGGUACUGACAUACCGGACAAAAUAGCUUGCGCUGAGUGCGGCCGCGAGAUGGAGAAGUUCUUCAUGUUCCGCUGCUGUCUCGAUUGAGACAUGGUUACUUAAGCAUGAUAAUGUUGUUGUUAAUCAUGUUUUAUUACAUUACUUAUGGUGCUCUCUCACCAGACAGCUAUAUGUUUUGGCAUGCAUUAAAAAUAAAUGUUUGUGUGAACUUGUGAAAAAUUGCUAGGACUCUAUAAGCACCAAGUUUUGGGCUGCUGAGUCUUUGGCUAAUUGGGUUGCUAUAAACCCUAAUUGAAUGUGGAAUAAUAGUGCUUGAAAUA